AUGCCUCGCCUCCUGAGGGGCCUUCCCAGACCUCGUACGCUCCCUCACAUCCGCUUCCACCAACAUCCACGCCUUCUCUCGACCUCGGGCCUCCUUCACGAGUUCAAUCAACACUCUCAACCUUCAUCCGCCGACAGCAAAGCCAGCACACCUGCCCAUGACAGCCUCCCAGGAUGGGGCGGUCGACACGGCCGAGACCACGCGGUGAAACGGCCCGCCCACGACGUACAAGCAGAGACGUCACAACAGGGGAUGAAGGAUCACGAGGAAAUGAAGGAAGGGAGCGAUGCCAUUUCACGCAGAGACGAGAGGGGAAAUAACAAGAGGGCAAAGGAGGAGCAUCCCAAGGCACCGGAGCCGGUUAUCGGCAUGAACGACGAGAGAGGAUCAAAAGCUCAAUAA